UAAUCGAGCGAGUUGCCGUAUGAAAGGAUAAUCCGGAAGCAUUUGUUUACGUUUUAUUAAUUUUGUUGUUCAUUUCAAUGUAUAUCUGCAAUGUGUUGAAAAUAUGCUGAUAUAUUUGGUCAUGGCUGUUUUACGAAAUAACCUUGAUUACUCGACAGAUGAAAAGCAAAAAUGACUAGAAAAUCAACGAAUAAAGAUAUUAUUGAUACGUCUUUCUUGGAUUCCUCUGAUGAUUAUGAUGAACGCUAUUUUUCAAACUGGAAAUUGUAUGAUUCAAGUGGAGAUGAUUCCUUUAAAAACAAAUCAGAAAUCUUGUGGUCAAGGGACAAUGAUUAUUUCCAGGAAAAAGAUUGCUUCCAAGAUAUGUUUGAUAGUUUCUCAGAUGUAACUGAAGGGACGAUUAGUUCUUGUUCAUGGCAUAAUGACGAAUUUGACAUGAGAUCAACUAGUAAAGUUAAAGCAUCCUUAGAAGCCAUCGAUGAUCUUUUAUAUGAGAAUAAAGAGUCUUCUUCUAUCAACCAAGACAUUGUUAAAGAAUGUCGUGAAUGGGCUGAUAAAUUUCCCUAUUUUAGGUUGAAAGGAAAACAGUUAAUCAAGCCUGUUGAAGAUGGAGUCUGUUUGUAUUCAUCACCUUCCCAAAAUUCUAUGUCAUUGCCUUCUGAAAACUCACCUGGCUUACAGAUUGAAGGGAAAAAAGUUGUGAUACAUACUCCAGACAGAAUUCUGAAAAAGACAGCUUUUGACAAUACUAUUGAUAAUGCCUGUAAAAUUCCUGAUUAUUAUGAAGAAUUAAUUGAAAACAAUGGGGAAUAUGAGGAGUGCUUUGCAGUAGAUCAAAGUAAAAUCUGUGAUGAAACCAUAUCUGUGAUGCAUAAUGGUGAGGCCAUUGCUGCUGCAAAUGUUGUUAAAACUAUUCAUGAAAAAGUAGUGGAGAAACUUGCCUUAGAAAUAUGGCCACAUGUGUUAAAUGUCUUACAAAAAGUUGAUGAUAUUAAAAAAUAUGAUGAAACCAUAGACUUUCAGUUGCCACCUAUUGUUUCACUUGUUGAACAACAAAAGUCAAGUUUAUGCCAAAGGCCAAGGACUGAAGGAAAUAUUUUAUCCUCUACUGAAUUUCCCAAACUCAGUAGCAUUUUAUCUGUGUCACCCAAGGUUUUACAGAAGAAAGUUUAUGGAUCUGGGAUGUGCAUGCAAAAGAAAAGACCAACAUCAGAAAUGUCCUUAUUUCGAAGAAACCAGACUGUUGUUACAAUGAAUGCAAAAAAUGAUGACUCUGCUACAAACUUGAACAUGCACUGCCCAAAAACACAAAUUAUCAUCCCUGGUCAGUCUAAGUUCACAAGUUUGAAGGAAAUCAGAAAAUCUGGGAGAGAGAAUGAAAGUGCUUGUCUGUACUUACCAGCAUUAGAUGAAGAUUUUAAUUCUGCAUCUGAUAUUUUGAGAGGCUUCCACAUAGAGCCAGAAACCAAAGAAGUGUCUAGUAGAAACAUUCCUUCAGCACGAUUUAGUGAAAUAUCAAGUUUUACGAGAAAAUCAGAUUGCUUCCUUCCCCCUAUUGACGAUAAGGAACAUAUUGCAUCUAAUGUAAAAUUGACAAGAAACCUGUUCACAUUCUAUGGCUCUUCUUACACAAGUGAUAAGAAUAGACAUACUGGAUCUGCACUGCGCAAGCACGUAGGUUCUGAUUCAAGACCAAAUACAAGUUCUGCCAAAAAGGUUGCUAGGGAACAUGGACAUCUGGAGAAAUCUAUGAAGGAUGUUAAUAUUGCCAAUAGCAAUGAGAAAAAGUGUGUUGAAAAUGUUUAUCAUCAGAACCUAAGUAAGAUGUCCAUGAAUGCAGAAGAAGAGAAGGAUGCUGAAAAAUCGGUCAACUUGUUUCCAAUUGUUACAUCCCUAGUUCCUUACAAAGAAAAGAGCUAUGCAACAGUUAAAAAGGGUAUUUUUCAUGCAUUUGUUGGCCGAAAAAGAUGACAGUUGCUCAUUAUUUAUUUAUUCUUUGUACAGACAAAAGUUUUAUUUCCCCUGUGGAGGAAUUUGAAUAAAAUAGUUUUAU